AAUCGCAGCUCAGUCCGUGCGGAAGAGCUUUGUGGAGAAUGACGGCACCAAUGCUGAUGGGAAUAUGCCUGUGUCUGGUGUCGCUGGCGCACAGUGGAGCAGGAACAGUGGGAAGACCCUAUCCCUCUUACUGCACAACCUUCAGGGACAGGCCUGGCUGGUGCAGACACUACAGCAAAUGCCCAGACUUUAAUGAACUUAUUGCGAAGUGGAAGAGCAAUCAGCCGCUAACGGAGGAGGAAACGAGGCUCAAGGAAAGCUCUGGCUGCUCAACCAAGCAGACAUUCGUCUGCUGUGAAGAUCACGCGAGCGAGGCGGGACUGGAGCUGCUACAGCAGUCUGAGGAGGCAUGCGGCAAGUUCACGGGUCCCAAGGUGUUUGGCGGCACCGAAAUCAAGAUGGGUUCGAGGCCUUGGAUGGCUCUGCUCAGGUACAAUGCCAUAGUUCCCGGCAGCCGGGAAAGGGAUCAAUUUCUGUGUGGUGCAACGCUCAUCACGACACGCUUCGUUCUGACAGCCGCGCACUGCGUGAUCGACAUAUUGCCCGUGGCAGUGCGGCUUGGGGAGCACAACAUAACCUCUGAGCAGGACUGCAGGAUUGUGAACUCGGAGGUCCGUUGCCAGCCGCCGCACGUGGACGUAGGCAUUGAGAAGGUCAUUCGGCACGAGGGAUACUCGAAAUACACCCAAAACAAUGACAUAGCCCUCAUCAAGCUGUCUCGGGAGGUGCUGUUUACGGAUCACAUCGCUCCCAUAUGCCUGCCCCUCUACGCAGAGCUGCAAAAGAGUAUCCAGGAGAUGCCAGUCAUGCGAGUGACGGGAUGGGGCAGGCAGCAUGCCAAUGGAAAUGAUUCCGAUGUGCCCUUGGAGGCUGGCCUCACCCGCUUGCCCCUCGCCAGCUGCAGCGCUCUGCAGAACCGAUCCAUCGCCGCGAACCAGAUCUGCGCCAGUGCCUCGCUCCGGGACAGCUGCAAGGGCGACUCUGGGGGCCCCUUGUUGUACGCUUUCAGGUACAAAAACAGCAUCCAGCGCUUUGUACAGAUCGGCAUCGUGAGCUACGGCCCCGAGGACUGUGGCCACCAGCAGCUGGGACACCCGGCCGCGGAUCAGACAGCAGUCUACACGGACCUUGGCAGAUUCAUUCCCUGGAUCACGCAGCAAAUGGCCCAGUAGCAGCGCCCAAAUGUAGCCCAAACGCAUAUAAAGUUAUCUUGGAUAAACAUAAACAGAGUUCUCUUGCUUAGUGAA